AUGCCUAUAUCGAACAUUCUAAAACGGGCCUCCAGUUACAUACUGGGAAGUGACGAGGAUGGCGAAGAAAGCAACGAAUUGGUGUAUGAAGAUAACGAAGUUUUGUUUUGUAAGAACAACAUCUGCGUUCACCCUCCGGCGAUUGUUCGCCAGGAGUCGGAUAUUCUGCACUACCCAGGUUACCUGACCGUAACUACAAAAACCUUCAUCGAUCAGUACAACAACGCAAAAAGACCGACAUUAUUCCUGACAUGGAUACCAAAUUCAACGCUGCGAAAAUGCCCUUCAACUGUAGAAAAUGUGUCAUUCUUUCGGACCAGCAGCUUCACCGAAUCAAAACUAAAGGUUCACCAGGAACAUCAUAAGUUACAGCUAGAACAAACCCAGAAAGAAGGCAUUGUUCAGACUCAGGCUGCGAAAACUGAUGUUGCCAACCCGAAAUUAGAGAAAAAUGGAGAAAAUCCCUUUGCAGCUGCAUUGAGAAUUGCCAAUACAAAUCCCUUUUUAGAACCAUACAAUGAGACUAUUGCUCAAAAUUCCAUCGAUGCAAAAUCCAUGAACUGUUCUGACUACUCCGAAACCAUCAGUAUAAGCUCCAGCUCAGACAAGGCAAGUCUGUGCAACAGCAACGAAUACAGCCGCGAGGAUGUCCACGAUGAUGAGGACGACGAAGGAAUUAUGACUUCGGACACUCACAUGUCCACCAGUGCCGUCGAGGAAACGGCCGAAGAACAGGAAUUGAAAACCGAACUUCAACCACUAAUCGAGUCGGAAGAAUCUAAGGCGAACAGCAGUCUGAAAGUUCUGGCUACCCAAACCUCACUCACGUCGGUGAACAUUACGAUUGCGAGUCCGCACAUUCAAAACGUGGACAUUUCACCGCCGGAGGCGGCACUGUCUCAGAACGAACGUUUCAUGCGAUCGCUGUCGCUUUCGUCGAACGACGAGAAUAAUCCAAACUGGAUGUCCCCUGAGCUGCUGGCGUACAAACACAAUCUAGCUUUUCCGGAGAGUGCGUCCGCCUCGCCGAUUGUGAACCGGAAGAUUCCACUUAAAUGCCGAAGAUUUUCGGUCGACCUAAGCCAAAUGCGUGCCCUCCGCUUGUUUUUCAACGACGAAAACUGCACCUCCGGUCAGUUGGUGAUCGCUUCACGUGAAUCUCAGUACAAGAUUCUUCACUUUCAUCAUGGUGGUUUGGAUCAUCUUGCACAAGUGUUGCAUCAGUGGCACUGUCUAUUGCACAACAUCAAGCUAGCGCCAGGACAAGACGAACCGAAUCUACCCUACCGACAAUUCAUGGUGUGUCGUCCGGAAGUUCGAAAGGCUGAACUACAUCCGGAAGAGGGUAAGGUGAACAAAAUAACCACCGAUUACUUCUAUGGAACACUGCUGAAUGAAAAGGGCCAAAUCGAAGAUGAUCUGCAGCUGCGCAAGUGUGUCUUUUUCGGUGGGCUGGAGAAAAGUUUACGCAAAACGGUAUGGCCUUUUCUGCUGCACUGCUACAGCACCAAUUCCACGUUCGAAGAUCGUGCCGCUUUGGCAGAAAUCCGCCGCCAGGAAUACGAAGAAAUCACCCGACGGCGGCUGUACUCGAUGUCCCCGGAGGCUCAGGCUCAAUUCUGGCGAACGGUUCAGUGCGUCAUAGAGAAGGACGUCGUUCGUACGGACCGCGGGAAUCCGUUCUUCGCCGGUGAGGAUAAUCCUAACAUUGAUACCAUGAAAAACAUACUGCUGAACUAUGCUUUCUACAAUCCGGGCAUGUCAUACACCCAGGGAAUGAGCGAUCUACUGGCACCGGUGUUGUGCGAGAUAAAAAGCGAAUCGGAGACUUUCUGGUGCUUUGUGGGGUUGAUGCAGCGGGCAAUAUUCGUCUGCACGCCUACCGAUAACGAUAUUGAUCGUAAUUUGUGUUAUCUGCGGGAAUUAAUACGACUGAUGGUUCCUAGCUUCUACAAGCAUCUUCAGAAGCACACUGAUGCGAUGGAAAUGCUGUUCUGUCACCGUUGGAUUCUGCUAUGUUUUAAACGGGAGUUUACGGAAGCCGUGGCAAUUCGCAUGUGGGAAGCAUGCUGGUCGAACUAUCUGACUGAUUAUUUCCACCUAUUUCUUUGCCUAGCCAUUAUAGCCGUUUAUGCUGACGAUGUUAUUGCUCAAGAUCUUCGUACCGACGAAAUGUUGCUGCACUUUAGUUCCCUUGCUAUGUAUAUGGAUGGACAGCUAAUUUUGCGCAAAGCACGUGGUCUGUUGCACCAAUUCCGUCUAUUUCCGAAGAUUCCCUGCACUCUUUCCGGACUGUGUAAGCGAUGCGGACCCGGUAUGUGGGAUUCAGGUCACCAUCCUUCAAUCGAGUGCAUCGGUCACCUGGAUCACGAAACAUGUGCACUGGCUGUAGACUAGGAAGCGAUCUGCUUGGGCCUGUAGCACGAU